GUCUCUUUCUUCGUUCAUUACUGAGAAGGUGUAGAAGUGGACGCACCACCGUACCACAACCGCCGGAAACACCAUUCCAUCGUCAAGUUCUCCGCCGAAAUCUGCAAAGCCAAUCAGGGUAUAGAGAAAACAAAAUGGUGAUGUUCGCAACAACCGUAACUUCAUGUUCUUAUUUACAUUUCCCAAAGAGACUUUCGGUUACUCGACAAACGAUCAAAUGUUCUUCGACCACAUCAUCAAUUUCCGCCAGUUUUGACCUUAAAACUUACUGGUCAACUCUGAGAGAAGAAAUCAACCAGAAGCUUGAUGAAGCUAUACCUGUUAAGUACCCCGCUCAGAUAUACGAAUCCAUGCGCUAUUCUGUUCUUGCCGAAGGAGCUAAACGAGCACCUCCCGUUAUGUGUGUUGCUGCCUGUGAGCUCCUUGGCGGUAACCGCCUUGCUGCCUUCCCCACUGCGUGUGCCCUUGAGAUGGUGCAUGCUGCUUCUUUAAUCCAUGAUGACUUACCAUGCAUGGACGAUGACCCAUCCCGAAGAGGUCAACCAUCAAACCACACCGUCUUUGAGAUGGACAUGGCCAUCCUAACUGCCGACGCUUUGUUCCCGCUAGGGUUCCGCCAUAUUGUUUCUCACACCCCAACUAAUCUCGUCCCAGAAACCCAACUCCUUCGUGUCAUAAACGAAAUUGCACGAGCCGUUGGUUCCACCGGCAUGGCUGCUGGUCAGUUUGUGGACCUGGAGGUCCCCGCAAACGCCAUAGACUUCAUCCACGAAAAGAAGUACGGCGAGAUGGGUGAAUGCUCUGCCGUUUGUGGAGGACUUCUAGCGGGUGCUAAUGAUGAGGAGAUCCAACGGCUCAGAACAUACGGGAGGGCGGUUGGGAUCUUGUAUCAAGUGGUUGACGAUUUGUUGGAAGCGAAAUCAUCUAAAAACAAAUUAGUAGCUGCCGAGAAACUUGUGAAUGAAAAGAAGGAGAAGAGUUAUGUAGGUGCGUAUGGCGUCGAGAAGGCGAUGGAAGUGGCGGAGGGUCUUAGAGCCGAGGCUAAAACCGCUUUGGAAGGUUUCGAGAAGUAUGGCGAGAAGGUGUUGCCGUUAUACAGUUUUGUCGAUUACGCUGCUGAUAGAAGUUUUAGCUUCGCUGAUCACGUUUGAUUAUUAAAUAUAAAUAAAUUAUAUGUUAAAGUUAUUAGAAACAAGAAUUCGAGAUUAGGAUUCUGAGAAGAACCGAUCUUCUCAUCGUUUGAUUAUGGUGCGAGGUAAUGGAAACAAAAAUUCGCAUAAUGAUU